AGCGAGUGUUUUACUCAACUCGUUGAAACAUGCCAAAUGACCCUACUGUAAAACUUCCUUUCAAUGAAACUCCUGUAAAAGUAGAAAAUGUUCAUGUUACUGGGGUGAAGAGAACAAGCUCUAAGCAACUAUUAGCUAAUCUAAAGUUGAUUUUUGAUGCAACUAACUUCGAGCAAUUAGUAUCACAAAUAAAAAAGUCUAAGGACACUCUAAGCCGAACCGGAAUAUUUAAAAAAGUUGAUGUUUACAUUGAUGUUCACUCUAAAGGAGGCCAUGCCGUUGAUAAAACAAAAUAUGAUGUUACGUUUGAUGUAGUUGAAGAGAAAUUUGUAAAAGGAGGUGUCAGUAGUUUAGUUGGAACAAACGAAGGAAGUCUCCUGUUCAACCUUAAUUUUCCUAAUUUAUUCGGCUGUGGAGAGAGCCUAACGUUUGACUAUUCUUUCGGAUCAAAGAACACAUCUGGCUUUGGAAGUCAUUUAAAAUUGCCCCUUUUUUACAACCCUGACUGGAAUGUUUUACUAUCAACUCUCAAAUAUGGAAGGGAUUUUGCUUGGAAUGGUACUAGAGAAAAAACUGUAGGCCCAUCAAUUAGUUUAGAAUUUCCCUCGUUUGUUGGUCAACAUUCUCUAAAAUAUGAAGGAUUUUGGAACCUCACCGAAUGCUUGGAUAGUGAAGUAUCGUUAGGCAUAAGAGAAUUUGCUGGUCAUAGAUUCAAAUCUGCAAUAAGCCACACGUUGAAGAGAGAUUUAAGAGAUAAUCCAAUUUUACCGACUAAUGGCUCACUUCUUCAAACAAAACAGGAAAUAGCUGGAUUCGGAGGAGAUGUUAAGUUUUUAAAACAGUCGCUUGAUUUCCACUAUAUAAAAAGUUUAUUCUUCAAUACUGCUCUUCACUUUUCAAUGUCGACCGGAUUUUUGAAAAAUUUCGACAAGCCCUCACUGAAUGAUAGAUUUUAUCUGGGUGGACCUUUAACUUUAAGAGGUUUUACUCUAAACGGAGCGGGGAAUCAAGAAAAUGGUCAUAGUUUAGGCAUUGAAAGCUACGCUGGCGCUAGCGUAAAUUUCUACACGCCUUUGCCUUUUUUGAAUGGAGAUUCAAACUUUUCAAGAGCACUUAAACUUCAUUAUUUUGCAAAUUUUGCAUCAGUAGGAAAUAUAACAAAGAUGGCUAGUCUGUGGGACAACUUAAGAGGAACCUGUGGAUUGGGCCUAGUUAUGAAUUUAUCCAAUAUGGCUAGAAUUGAAAUGAAUUACUGCUUACCUCUCCGAGCUAAACAUGGAGAUAGAAUUGUUCACGGUUUCCAAUUUGGAAUAGGCAUGGAUUACUGGUAA